AUGGGGGACGUUCGCCAGUGGACCACGGCGGACGUGGGUGAGUGGCUCCGGAAGCUGGGUCUGGAGCAGUAUUUGCCCAGUUUUGUCGAGAACGAUAUUGAUGGCGAGGCGCUCUUGGUCAUGGACGACGCGAGUUUGCGGGACCUGGGCGUCGCGCCGCUAGGCCACCGUCUCACGCUGUUCACCGAGCUGUUUCACCUGAAGCAGAGAUAUGGGAUCCCGAUUGAGAAGGAGGACUGGGUGCCCAUUGGUAUGUGGAUGCCGCUGACCACAGGGCACGACUCGAUGGACACUGACUCGGUGUCGCAGGGGCUCUAUUCGCGGGACCAGCGCAUCCAGUGGCUCGAGGCCCGCGUGGCGCGUCUCAGCGCUACGAUGAUGCACCUGCACGAGGACAUGGUCGCGCUUGCGCGCGCGACAGGGCACACAGACGCUGUGCACGCGCCGUUCGACCACGGCGGGAACAGCCAGAUUCGCCCUGCUGCACCGCCCAUCACGGAGGAGGGCUGGUUCCACCCGGAUCGGUCAGCAGCAUGGGUGCCAACCGAGUCGCCGCACACCGCGCGCGCGCCCACGGCGAAUGCGGAGCAUUUGGUGCCCCUGUGUGAUGCUCUGGUGGCGCUCCUCCAGCGCCGCGGCAUCGCGGCGCGGAGCACUAGGGGCCUGGCCGAUCUACCUGUGUCGUCGGAAGACCCAUGCUUUGUGCUUCUGCCAGCUGUAUUCCAGCUGUACCAUGUGCAGGAAGACUGGCGCGACUAUGUGCUGUUUGCCACGUACGGCCCCACGGAACGGUGUAUUUCCUACGACGAAUGCCCCCUCGUGGUCCUCUAUCGCAUGCGUGAGACUAUGCCAGAUACGACCCUGCAGCUGCGCCCCGCGUCGGAGAUCGAGUCGCCCUGGACGAUUGCGCAGCGCAAGAUCACCGGCAAAUGGCACGGCGAGCCACCCAACAGCCCCCAUAAGCAUGACGCCCUCCACUGUCGCGCUGCGCGGACCGUCAAGGAGGAGGUGGCGGGCCUGUUGACCAUGCACGCCUUCGAGAGGCUACGUCCUGACGCGCUGACGCCCAAAACGCGUAUGCAGGGCCCGGCUGCCACGCUACCCGCGGAGCCUUUGUCGUACGCGGUGGCGAUAUACCCCUACGAGUCGGACCGUGAGGACGAGUUUGAUGUGCGGGCGGGUGACACGUUCAUUGUGCUCUCCAAGGCCAAGGGCUGGUGGGCGCUACGCCGCGAUUCGGCGGCGGAUGGCCGGGGAGACGUGUAUCUUGCCUCGAGCCAUGCAGUGGCCGAGAUUUGGACGGGCUGGGUGCCGGCGGGGUGCAUGCUCGAGAUCAAGCGCCCGCUCGCGCAGAUGGUAGAGGCGCCGCUCACCCUCCCUGAGCCGGCGUGGCUCGCGCACAUGAUUGAGGCGCCGAUCCCCGUCGACGCAGUUGUGAGCCAAGGCACGACGGCCGUUGCGCUGACGGACUUUGUAUCCAAGGAACAUGCUUUUCGUAUCGCCGCGCAUGAGCAAGUGCGUGUAUUCAAGCGAGGGGCCGCGCGCCCAGCGGGGGUGGAUGCCGAGCUGGCUCAUCUCGCGGCGCUCGAAUCACGCUGCGAAGGGUGGCGUGUACCAAUCUUCGUCAACGCAGCUGCUGUCACCCGCGGUGCCUGCUGGGAUCCAUAG